GUUUCAAACACUCCUAGGAAAUGGAUAGGGGGGUUGAGAUAAGAAUGUGCAUAAUUCAGCCACUCCAGCAAACUCGCGUCUAACAAACCUAUGAGAAAAUAGAAAGACUUAACCACCAGACAAUGUCUCCUACCCGUAUAAUAGAAUGUCAAAGAAAGCCACGUGUGGUCGCCUUGGGCACUCCCAAGUAUGUCGGAGAUGACUACCUCGCCCAAUUUUCAGAGGACUUCAACUUCUCCGUGCUCGAGGCGUAUGAUCGCAAAACAACGCAAGCAUUAUUACCGGAGACGAUCAAGAAGGAUGGUCCAAUCGACGCUUUCAUUAUUCGCAUGGGCACACCGCCUUAUGAGCCUUUCGAUGAGGAUCUGUUGUCACCACUUGUCUCCGAUUGUCAAAUCAUCACCUCGGCUAGCGCAGGUUACAACGAGUUUGAUGUACAAUGGAUGGCCAAACAGGGCAUUUGGUUCUGUAACACCCUUGAUGCGGUGGCAGAAGCCACAGCCGACAUGGCCAUCUUUCUCAUGCUGGCAGUAUUAAGGAAUACCACCAAUGCGGAGAAAAGUGCGAGAGAAGGCUCAUGGAGAGUUGCGCCUGGUUUGGUGCCUGCUAGAGAUCCCUCAGAGUUGACACUCGGCAUCGUUGGGCUUGGUGCCAUUGGAAAAUAUCUAGCCAAGAAAGCAGCGGUCUUCAACCUGAAGGUCGUGUAUCACAACCGAAACCAAUUAUCAGCGGAAGAAGAAGCCCAGUAUGGUGUCUCGUACUGCAGGACCUUACACGAGAUGCUCUCCGUUUCGGAUAUCGUUUCCAUCAACUGCCCUCUUAACGAGAAGACGACGGGAUUGAUUGGAGCAGCUGAGUUUGCUUGCAUGAAAGACGGCGUGUUCGUAGUGAAUACGUCGCGAGGUCCCGUAAUCGACGAAAAGAGCUUGAUCGAGGCGCUGGAAUCGGGGAAAGUUACUCGUGCAGGACUAGAUGUCUUCGCGAACGAGCCAAAUAUUAAUACCUACUUUCUCAAUAGCGAUAAGGUCGUCAUCCAGCCGCACCUCGGUGGACUGACCGAUAUAGCUUUCCAAAGAGCGGAAAGGGAAUGCUUUGAGAACAUAAGGGCCUUGUUUCAGAAGGGAAGUCCAAACUCGCCAGUCAUUGAUAUUAUGAAGAAAUAAAUGUUCACGUGGUUUAUUUCAAAUUCUCCUAUUUCUCGUUUACAGACGUUAAAUUAGACUUGG